AGACGGGAAAAAAAGAAUCUAUUAAUAAUUUUCUCUAUCUAUUUGACAAAAUCAUAUUGAUAAUUUUCUCUAUCUAUUUGACAAAUUAACCAUACGAGAGAAACAUGAAAACAUAAAUUUUUCAAUGGGAUUGGUUGAAUUAUUCUAGAUAAUCAAGCAAUUCGAAGAACACAUAUACAAUUAAUUAAUUAUGAGUUAUUACAAUCAACCUCCUCCGGUUGGUGUACCUCCCCCUCAAGGAUAUCCACCAAAGGAAGCAUAUGGGUACCCUCCUCAGGGAUAUGCUCCACAAGGUUACCCUCCUCAAGGAUAUCCUCAGCAAGGCUACCCUCCUCCGCCGUACGGCGCCCCUCAGUACGCUGCUCCACCGCCUCAAAAGAACUCAUCUGCCACCAGCGGCGUCAUGACUGGCUGUCUGGCUGCGGUUUGCUGUUGCUGCCUUUUAGAUGCAUGCUUUUGAUAAUAAGCUGAAAUCGUUCGGAAGGAAAAUGACAUCCACUAAUGAGCUUCUGCAAAUCACAGGAUCUAUCUUUUUCCAUUUUGUCAUGUCUUGCUCCUUUAUAAGCAUUGAACCUGCAUUUGGGAAUAUAAGACUUUUAUAUGGCUUAUUAAUUCAAGGCAUUCAAGUAUAUCUAUUCACUAAAUUGAAGGUUAUGUACAUGUUGAGACAUCUUAUUAUCUUCGUGGAUAAUC